AUGUCAGCUCGUUUUCUCACCGCCAUGGCUAUUCUGGGGUGUGCGGCAUCUGUUCGCCAGGCGUCUGGGCCAGCGCUCCAGCUCCAUGAGAACGUCUCCACGGAGGCUAACAAGUUCUUCGACCAGGGUGGCGCGUGCUGCACGUGCGAGCUGGUCGUCAUCAAGGGUGGAUGGUUCAGCAAGGACAAGUACGGCAAAGAGUGCAAGGAUGAAUUGUCGCCCACGAAGGGCUGUGGGCCACACUGUCUAUCUCCUGUGACGGGCUUUAAGUGCAUCAAUCGCGCUGGGCCGGUUGUUGUGGGGCGAAACUACUACAACUGCUAG